GCGUGACAUCGCGUGGAAAAGAUGGCAACCGACUUUUGCACAAAGGCGGCGGCGAUUGCCGUUGGCGCGGCCACCGCAGCGUACGUGGAUAAGAAACUCUAUCUAUCCCACGACUUGAUGAAGUACUGGGGGCACUCGCUCGCGUUGGUACAGACGAGGUACCUCAUUGCCCGCAAUACACGUGUGGCCGAUUUGUGGGAAGAGCUCGUCGACGCCAUGCCUUCCAAGGUCCUCGUGAUGUUUGAGGGCAAGAAAUACACGGCUGUCCAGCUGGAAAUCCAGGCAAAUCGAGUUGCGCACUGGGCCAUGAGCGUGGGCUUGACUCCAGGGUCUAUCGUGGCGCUCCUAAUGGAAAACCGACCAGAGUUUCUCGCUACUUGGAUCGGCCUGUCCAAAGUCGGCGUUGUCGCCGCUCUCAUCAAUACACAUGUGGCCGAGGAGGGUCUGUUGCAUUGCCUUCGAGUGUCGGACGCCUCCGUGAUCAUAUUUGGAGCGGAGUGCACGGCACAAGUGGAGCACGUUCUCGACCGCUUGCCUCCACGCAUCACACGCUUGGCCGUCUACCACGAAGAUGGCACCCAAGUGCCCCCGCCGUUGGCCUUUGCGCGCUCGUUGAACGAAGACGUAAAGCAGGUGUCGUCGCAUCGCCCACUCUUGAGCCAGCGCAAAUCCAUUUUGUGCACCGACAUGAUGUUGCUCAUCUUCACCAGCGGCACCACGGGCCUUCCCAAGGCAGCGCGGAUAGAGCACCAGUCCCUGAUAAGUCGUUCGAUGGUGUUUGUUCGUUGUGCUCAAAUCACUCGAUUCGAUCGAUUCUACUGCUCGCUGCCCUUGUACCACACGGCAGGAGGCGUCGUGGCCGUGGGGAUCAUGCUGCUGUCAGGCUGCUCGAUAUCCCUCGCUCGUAAGUUCUCCACCACCCACUUCUGGUCGGAUGUACGAGCAACAGAGGCCACCAUCGUCCAAUACAUUGGGGAAAUGUGUCGGUACCUCCUCCACGCGCCCCCAUCCGACUUGGACCGCGCGAAUGUGGUGCGCGUGGCGAUUGGGAAUGGUCUUCGUCCAGAUAUUUGGUCGGCGUUUCAAGAUCGAUUUGGCAUUCCCGUCGUGUGCGAAUUUUACGGCGCGACGGAAGGCGUCGGCGGGAUGCUCAACGUGUGUCGAGAACGCAAAGAUAGGGGCCACUUGGGGCAAUAUGGGUACUUGGCGACCGCGAUUUCGGGCAUGACGAUCGUCGAAUACGACGUGGAUGCCGACGAAUUACUAAGAGACACCAACAACUUUUUGAUUCCAUGCGCGACGGGAAGAGUCGGCGAGCUACUGAUCAAGGUCGGCGCGUCCUCGCCCUUGCACAAAUUUCAAGGGUAUUUUAAAGACGACGCUGCGUCCGCCAAAAAGUUGCUCGCCAACGCAUUUACUAAGGCAAGCAACGGCGGAGAUUUGUACUUUCGAACGGGCGAUUUAUUUCGCAUGGACACCGACCGGUGCUUUUACUUUAUGGAUCGCAUUGGCGACACAUUUCGGUGGAACGGCGAAAACGUCGCGACGAGCGAAGUGGCCGAGGCACUCUCAGCGUUUCCAGGCAUUUCAGAUAUCUGUGUGUAUGGAGUGGCGCUGCCUGGUCGAGACGGACGUGCAGGGAUGGCGGCGAUGGUGUUUAAAGACCUGGACAUGGAAGCGUUUGCAAAGUUUUGCACUUCCAAACUCCCCCUUUACGCCGUACCGAGGUUUCUUCGACAGUUGCGCGCCAUGCAUGUGACGGGAACGAUGAAACACGAAAAGGCUAAGCUUCGGAAGCAAGGCAUACAGCUCGACCAAGUCGGCCUCGAUCGUCUGUACUUUUUGGAUCGGUCGGACCCACUGCGACCCAAGUAUUUGCCGCUGACGCCUUCCAACGUCCACGAGAUCACAACUGCGUCACGUUUGUAA